GUGUAGGUCUUCCCAGGGCACCUAUCUCCGGUACGCCCUUUGUCAUCAUACCCUACAGCAUCCUCUAGUCACCGACGAGUCCUCAUGGGAGUAAUGUACUUGGUGUUCUAGACAAGGCUAAUUUUCGUUUCUCGCCGUCCCUCACCAACCAACCAGCCGGGAGUACUUCGAUGUACUGCUCGUGUGAGAUCCUGCUACCAUGCCUGCGCUCGACAGCGGCAGAGACAACGACUCUCCGAAGACCUUGAACCCUUCCACGGCGGUUGCCACCCUAACUCGACCUCACAUCCCUCUAUCCACCCUACGGAAACCCUCAAUCGAACCAGAAAAGCUGCUACAGUGGAACACCGCCAGCCUAGGCUUGAGACUAGGUGCGGACCUUACAUCUGCCGCGAGCGCGUCGGCUUUAAUAGCACCAGUGAUAUGCGUAAUAGACCGUUCGAUAGUUGAAAAAGUCGCCAAAGGCGCAUCCCUUUCAUCAUGCCUUCUGCGCUCGCUGCGUCCGGCCAUUACUCGCCCGCAUGCGUUCCUCUUCUCUAGGCCCUUCCUUCUGAUCUUCGGCCUGUACUUCUCGACGUACAUGACCGCCAACACGGUUGACACUCUCACGUCGACUCUGACCUGCAAACAAGCAUCCUCCGUCUCCUCUGGACCCACAAAAUUCUUCGCAAUAUCGUCCGUGAACAUGAGUCUGUGUGUGUAUAAAGACUCGUGUUUCGCGCGUAUGUUCGGCGCGCCGUCGUCGUCUCCCGCAGCCGUGGUACCCAGGCUAUCAUAUGCGUUGUUCGCCAUCCGAGACAGCAUGACGAUAUUCGCUUCUUUCAACCUCCCUCCCAUCAUCGCACCACAGCUGGCCAGCCUUCCUUCCGCCAUAACAUCACGAUUCUCGAGAAUCCUCAGCACCGAAUCUGGACGAGCGAACACCGCACAAUUCCUGGCUCCUGCAGCGAUACAGAUGAUUUCCACGCCGAUUCAUCUUCUCGGUUUGGACUUGUACAACAGACAAGGGCGCCUGGGUUUCGCUGAGCGAUAUCCUCGCAUUCUGAGGGACUGGGGUGUCAGCGCUCUUGCUAGAAUGGGCAGGAUCAUCCCUGCAUUCGGCGUCGGCGGCGUCGUUAAUGCUAACAUGCGCAAGAAUCUAAUGACCAAGAUCGAGGGCAGUUGAAUCCCCCAGAAAAGAAAGGUUUAGAGGCGUUGAUGGCCGGGGUUUCUGUCCAGCGUUGCUCUCAACAGUCGGGCUUCUGGUGAUAGACUCUUAUUGCUGUUUUUCGUGUCGACACUGGCACAGAUACUAACGACGGUCGGCAAAGUCUUCAUUGGCGAUUGACAUAUGUUUCCAAGCAUGGCGUUAUGAUGCUGGCGCACAUGGAUGGAUGGACUGGUUGAAUAUGGGAUUUGUACUCAACUAGAGUAUGCCCGUGAGCAUGCUUUUGGAAACUGUUAUGAUGUUAAUGGCCAAUUUCGUGGGUCACUUGCACAGCACACAACGCUCUUUGUUUCUGUGAGAAAUGGCAUAUGGGAAGACUUCAGGUCCAACACCCUUUAUGAGUGACGGUCACUCUAGGCUCAAUAUUUUCACUAGCAGAGGCUUAGCAUAUCGCGAAGAGGCCCCUCCGCCAAUGUCACCGUCUAAC